CAACACUGGCAUAUGACACCUCGUGUUUUUGUUCUUUUCUCCGCAUCGGCAUCGCCAGGCGCGCUUGAUUUUGCGUUUAUUUAAUCGUUUAACCAGCUACCGACACACUCCGAAAUGUCAGCAACUGAGACCCUAAAUGUUGAGGCGGCUACGCCCGAGAUUGCCGAUGAAGCCAAGAAACAAAAGAAGCCCAAACCGAACAAUAAGAAACUUCGCCAAGAGGCGGCAGCCAAAAAGGCCUCCGGGGAAGGCGGUGACGAGGAGCUGACCACAAACGGAGAAGCCAAACCGGCAGCACCGGCUGCUCAACCGGCAAAAAAGAAGGGGAACAAGGGAAAGAAGAGCGGACAAACAGAUCCGCCGACCAUACCCAUUGCCAAACUCUAUCCGGAUGGCAACUUCCCCGAGGGCGAGAUCGUGGAGCACCCCACGCCCAAGGAUCUUGCGGACGACCGCACAGCCAAGGAUCGUUUCACGUCGGAGGAGAAGCGUGCCCUUGACCGUAUGAACACGGAAAUCUACCAGGAGCUGCGCCAGGCAGCGGAGGCCCAUAGGCAGACUCGCCAGUAUAUGCAGCGCUAUAUUAAGCCGGGCAUGACAAUGAUUCAGAUCUGCGAGGAGCUGGAGAACACUGCCCGCCGUUUAAUCGGCGAAAAUGGCCUCGAUGCAGGAUUGGCCUUCCCUACAGGGUGCUCUCUAAACCACUGUGCCGCCCACUACACGCCCAAUGCCGGGGACACCACCGUGCUGCAGUACGACGAUGUGUGCAAGAUUGAUUUUGGCACCCACAUCAAGGGUCGGAUCAUUGACUGCGCCUUUACGCUGACCUUCAACAACAAGUACGACAAGUUGUUGCAGGCUGUCAAGGAGGCCACCAAUACGGGCAUUAAGGAGGCUGGCAUUGAUGUGCGUCUAUGCGAUAUUGGUGCCGCCAUUCAGGAGGUUAUGGAAUCUUACGAGAUCGAAUUGGACGGCAAGACAUAUCCCAUCAAGGCCAUUCGCAACUUAAAUGGACACUCCAUCAGCCCGUACCGCAUCCAUGCCGGAAAAACGGUGCCAAUCGUUAAGGGUGGUGAAUCCACUCGCAUGGAAGAGGAUGAGUUUUACGCUAUUGAGACUUUCGGCUCGACUGGUCGCGGUUUGGUCCAUGACGAUAUGGAUUGCUCUCAUUACAUGAAGAACUUCGAGCUGCCAUUUGUGCCGCUGCGCCUUCAGUCUUCCAAGCAGCUUCUAGGCACCAUCAACAAAAACUUCGGAACCCUGGCCUUCUGCAAGCGCUGGCUGGACCGCGCUGGUGCCACAAAGUACCAAAUGGCCCUAAAGGAUCUGUGCGAUAAGGGCAUUGUGGAGGCCUACCCACCGUUGUGUGACAUCAAGGGUUGCUAUACUGCUCAGUACGAACACACCAUCAUGCUGCGACCCACCUGCAAAGAGAUCGUUUCCCGAGGCGACGACUACUAGUGGGUAGAGGAUCUGGAUGUUGAUUACUAUUCGGCGAGAUAUGGCUUGCAUUAUAUACGGUUUUUGAUAUAAGUUCAUUCUAUUGUUGAUUAUUUGUGAGCGAAAGAUGCCCGAAUUAUAUAUACAGUAUAUUAUGCUCAGAAUAUAAGAUGAAUGAGAUUAAAAAGAUCUUAAUAUGGUA